GAACGCCACAUUUUGGUGCAGCGCCGACGGCGUUUUUGACGAUGGAAGACUUGACCCGGCUGUUGGAAGGAACACUAUCGAACGACACGACAUGCCGCGAAGUAGCGGAGGCGCACCUGACCAAUUCGAUGUCCACUCCUGGGUUUGCAUUAGUGCUCACGCAGUACAUCCAAGCGCCUCUGUCGUUGCCCUUGGCUCAGCUUGCGGCCGUGCUUCUCAAGAAGGUUGUGCUCGCCCACUGGGAGGCCGGUGAGGACUCGACAUACGUCAUCAGUGACAACGAAAAGACAGAGGUGCGCAACGUACUUAUGCAAAGUCUCGGCAACCUCGCCCACGGGAACGCGCCGAGCCACUUUGAAGACUCGAAAUUCCAAACGGCAUACAGUCUUGUGCUAGCCGAGCUGGGCAAGCUCGAUUGGCCUGAAAAGUGGCCUGCUCUUGUACCUGGGAUCAUCGAGCUCAUGACAACCCACACCGCCUUUGCGCUAAAGUUCUUUAGCGUCGCCACGGACAACAUUGCGUCAGACCACUUCGUCGAACUCGUACCGGUGCUGUUUCCGCACUUGGAGCGUGUGUUUGACGCGUCAACGACUCCAACUCGGUUCCAAGGCCGUGUUGUAGCUAUUGUGCAAACGUGCCUCACCAUGCUUGGGAUGAUGUCGCAGUCCGGCGAGUCUGCGCAAGCCGGUGCCGUGCUGCAGUCCACCGUGACGCCAUGGAUCGGGCGCUUCCUUCGAGUGCUUGAAGCGCCACCAAGCCAGGACCUUGGUUUGUAUAUCGUGAUUGUUCGCGCGUUGACGUCGUUUAUCGUGGAGUGGCCCAAGGACAUGAGCUCCCUCGUCCCAUCGAUUUUGCCACCUGUGUGGCAAUUGCUUUUGAAGGCUGUAGAAGACUACGAAACUCACGUUGUCCUCGGCGCUGAUGGAGUCGAUGGAAACGACGAUGGCUACGACAGCGACGGCGAACCGAACGGCCAAGCUGCACUCACUAUGGAGCUGAUGGAUUUUGUUCGGGGGCUUGUGCAUGCACCCACGAAAAAGACCAAGGUCUUGGUGACCCAGUCGCUCCAGCCACUCGUGCAUACGAUGGUCGCGUACAUGCAGAUCACGCGUGCCCAGCUCGAACUCUGGUCGGACGACCCGAAUCAGUACAUUAUCGACGAGGACGACGACAGCUUGCAACACAAUGUGCGCAAUACGGGCGCGGAUCUGUUGCGCGAACUCGAAGCGACCUUGGGAUCUACAGUCUUGACAGCGACCAUUCAAGCCACCCAACGCCGCCUUGCCGAGCCAUCGUGGCGACUCCAGGAAGCGGCUCUCUUGGUCAUGGGGGCCCUCGCGGAGCCAUUGCUCAUGACGCGAGCCACCGUGGAAACGAACACCGCCGGCUUGGACUUGCCUCAGUUCUUGGCCACGUUGUUUGACGUGAUGCACGCGGCAGAGUCGAAUAUCUAUCUCAAAGCGCGUGCGUUGUGGUGCGCCAGUCGGUUUGCCACCGUGAUGACUGAAGCCCAGCUGGUCGCGUUCAUUCAAGCGUCGAUUUCGGGGCUCGACCGUGCCCAAGUGAUUCCAGUCAAGCUGUACGCAUGCCGCGCGCUCGGCACGUUUGUCCAGCACGAAAAAGCGGUGGCAGUGCUUCCUCCCUUCGCCACCACCAUCGUCGAACGCCUUGUGCACUUGACGAUCGACGCCACACCAGAAACCCUCCACGUCGUGCUCGAAACCUUGGCUCUCGUCGUCGUUGACGCAGCCGACGUCGCCCAGCCAAUCUUGCGUUGUGUGGUUCCCCUAUGGGUGAGCCACCUCGACGACCGACUCGUUCACGACGUGGUCGUCGACAUUCUCGCGGUGUUGGUCGCAAACGCUGCCGUGGCUCCGGCCGUCCUGGACCAUGUUGUGCCGCCGCUAGGCAAUGUGUUUCAUUCGCUGUAUGUGCUGCAAGCGAUUGAAGUGAUUGAGCUGCUCGUGAAGCAGCCGGCCGUGGCGCCGUUGGUCGUCCCGGUGCUGCUCGAUCCGUUGCUUGGUGUGUUGCUCACAACCGACGACGGGUCGCUUCUUCAGCACGGCGGCGACGUCCUCAAGUAUUUUGUCAUGCACGCGUCGCCGCAACUAGAACAGUUCAAGACCACCACAGGGGUCAGUGGUCUCGACGGCGUCAUGCAAGUGGUGGCGAAACUGCUCUCACCAGGAGUGUCCGACUCGGGUGCCAUGGCGGUCGGCGGCCUUGUGACGCAAGUGCUGCUGCGCCUCUCUGCCGUGUUGCCCGUGGUGACUGUCCAUCAGCUUCUACAUGCUGUGUCGACUCGCCUCGGCAAUGCCCAGAUGCCAUCGCUGAUUCAGUCGCUGUGCACUGUGUUUGCUCGCCUUGUGCAUUCCUUCGGGGUGAAGUCGAUUCUGGACGCUCUAGAGUCCCUCGGAGUGCUGUCGUUUGUCGUGACGACGUGGAUCGAGCAUCAAGACGACUUUUACGGCCUGUACUCCAUGAAGGUGACGCUCUUGGCGCUACUCAAGCUCCUCGAGUCCCAGGACCCCCGCGUGCUGUCGCUGGUGGUAAAGGGCGAGCAGCUCAUUGAAACCGGGUCAACACGAUCGCUUCGGUCGUCGACCAAGGCGCAAAGCGGCUCGAGAUCUCAACAAAUUCAGUACUCGCAAGUGUCCUUCGCGACCAAACUCGUCGGCCUCCUCGCCAUGACAUACGUUCAGUUUGAAGACGAAGCCGAGGCCGACGACAUGAACUCGUCAGAUGAAGAAGACGGUGACGACGAUUAUGGUGAUGAUGAAGCGGUACGCCAAACAACGGGUGGAUGCUUCGGACGCUUGACGAGGUCGUGUCUAGACGUCUGUGCGACCGGGUGGCCCGUCGUCCACCUUUGCUCCCAGCGGUACGGACAUUCACGAAACAGCAUGAGUAACAGAACCCGUUGACCUGUGUAGAGGAAUUCUUGUUGUCCGACAUGUUGGAUGGAGGGGACGAGGACGGCGACGAGAACAACGAAAUCGAGGCGGCGAUGGACCCUCUCAAUGACGUAGACUUGAAGGACCAAAUUGCCCAAGUCAUGCGAACUCUGAACGCCUCCCCCAGCUUCGUCGCGACCAUUGCGCCUGGCUUGACCGCCACCGAGAAGAGCAUCAUCCACGACAUCUUGUCUUGAUGUGGGGGCACAAACCCUCGCUUUCGGAUUGGUCAAAAUAAUAUCCAAAGUUUCAGCAUGGCACGAUAUACAUUUCGAAUUCUUCUGGUGAAAUAUCGUGAAAAUUCGAUGGGAAUUCGAAAAUGUCGAGAACCUUUUGGCUAAAUUUAUCCAAUCAUGACUUUGAAUUUCCAGA